AUGAUGCGUGUUGCAGGAAAACUGAAACAAGCUAAAAUUCGCAUGAGGUGUUUGGAUCUCUAUCCAUACAAUACUGAAAAAGCUUUGGAACAGGCCUUUAGUUCAUUCCCUGACCUUACGGGUAUGACAAUGCGACCACAUGGUCAAGAAUUUUUCUGGUCUGGAUUGGACAUGUAUUCAUUUCCGAAAUUUACCAAGAUGGACACUCUUAUGUUAGAUGGAUUUAAUAUCAGUGAGCAACCCGAUGUUUUUCUACCCGAAAGUCUUACAACAUUAGAAUGGCUCAAUAGGAGUGGCAAAUUUUUGCGUAUAAUGCCAAAACUAAGGUAUUUGGUGAAUUUGGAAUAUUUGAUGUUAGGACAUGCGGAAUUUUUGGAUACGCAUGAAUUCGAUUCAUUUCUUCAAGUGAUCAGUUCGGAAAAUUUACCCAAAUUACAAUACCUUAUAUUUCGAUAUUGCAAAAUCGAUUCGCAUCGGCAAACUGUUGUAAUUAGAUCGUCGGAUAAUGAGGACGAUGAACGUGAACUGCGAAACGAUACGGCAGAACGUGUGUCCGAACUUGACAUCAAACUUAAUUCACUUCAAAUGAUUAAAUUAGAUUUGUGUUAUACUGAUCUUGGCUUCGUUAUCCGACGAAUCAUCUCAUUGACGGGUUCAACGAUGCGGGUAGUAUCAUUAAAUGUAAUCAGCGAAGAAACUAAUUACGAACGAAUUUACGAUUUAUCAUCGUUAAUAGCUGCAAGAAAAUUAACGCUACAUUUUGGAAUACUACAAAAGGAUACAAGAACUGAACGGAGAGAAGAAGUGUUAAAUUCCAUGAAAUUACCUCCUCCAUCAUUUGGUACUGUUUUGGGACGAUUUGAAGCAUCAUUUCUUACCGAUGAAGCACUUCUACGAAAUUUGUUACUAACACAUCCUUUACCACGUUUAACAGAUGUUAAAUUUAUUCAAAUAUCAGCUAUUACUCCGCCGAUUCUUCUCCAUCUCUCCAUGAUGGCUCCACGUUUACGGAAGUUAUCACUCAUAAACUGUGAAGAGGAUAAGCUAGAUAUUGGCAUUUUAAAUUUUAUUACCAGUUUUUCAAGUAGGAUAUCGAAAUCACUUCAGAUAAUUUGGAAACGAAAAUGUAGUCGGCCAUUAUCAUUUUACAAUAUGCUAAUUAAUGAGCAUUGGGAUUUAAUCAAAGAUUUCGAAAUUCGUGUUAUUCCGAAAAAAUUCACUGCUAACAAAGUGGGUGAGAAGAUUGUAAUAUGGGAAAUAGAAACGAAGAAAACAUUGUAUCUACAAGAUUUCGAUGUUAAUGAUCAGGGUCGAAUAUUGGGUAUUGUGAUGCCACCGGAUUGUGAUAUUGGUUCAUAUGAUUCGGAAUUUCUAGAAAACAAUGAAAGCACUUCCAGCGCUUAUUUAUAA